GUUGUAUCUAACAGAUAAGUAUGUAGAAAUAGAAAAAACAGUGGGAGAUUUGCUAGUUAAGUUCCUCUUCUAUAGACAAUAACUUGUCGAAUAAGCUGAGAUUUAUCGGAAGGUGGAACACAACCCCGGCCCUUAGUCUUCUCUCUGAGUUUUUUUUUUAUUAUUACUAUUCGGUAUACGGCCGUCUUUCACAGUGGGCGUCUUCAUCUGUGUCGGGCUCGUGCUCAAAUGACGUGACUGAGACCGUUUUUGGGAGGAAAAUGAAUUUGAGAUUACACUCGACAUAAUUGUUGGAGAGGCUUAAUUCAGUUUACCUUUUUAAUCGAUCAAUUGGAUUGAAAAAAAUCGGCCUGAAAAAAUCUUAAGGUGUUGAGCGGAUUGGAACUCAGGACCUCCAUGCUCGCAGUCUCCUUACACUCAGACUGCGAGACUACUGGACCGCGGUCUAGGUGCGAAUAGCGGAUGAUGAGUCAGUGAUGCCUGGUCUAGAAGAAAGAAUUACGCACGACACGAGUGUACCAUCUAGACGCGCCCUAAUGUCCGAUGGAGAUCGUACUGUGAACGAGAAAGUGAAAAAAUUUAUUUUCACGUCACAGAGAGCACCAGACGACACAAAAGACGAUAACAAGGAACGUUUGGAAAUCCUCAUUCCUGAGGUGAGAAAAGAAGUUGCAAGAAAACAUGAAGACACAUACUCGAUGAUCGAGCAAUUUUUAUCAAAUGCAAGCUACCGGUGUUACGUGCUGUUUAAGUUACUGGAGGCUAAUUAUAGUUUUUAUACCUGGCCUUGUGCACCUGUGCUCGCCUGGUAUCUUUGGGAGCAGAGAGAGAAUCUAGCCGGCAAACGGAUUUUGGAAAUUGGCGCUGGCACUUCGCUACCUGGGAUUCUCGCCAGUAAAUGCGGGGCUGUUGUAACUCUAAGUGAUUCAGCGAGUCAACCGAAAACUCUACAGCAUAUAAAACGGUGUUGCGAAUUGAACGGAGUCACAGAUCGCGUUCGUGUUGUUGGCAUUACCUGGGGAUUCUUUUUGUCCAGUUUAUUCACGCUUGGGCAAUUGGACUUGAUCAUUGGCUCAGAUUGUUUCUACGAGCCCGAGAUAUUUGAGGAUAUAGUGGUUAUUGUAGCCUUUCUAUUAGAGAGAAAUCCACGUGCAAAGUUCUUGUGUACGUAUCAAGAGCGUAGUGCAGAUUGGUCUAUAGAGCACUUAUUGAAUAAGUGGGGACUUUCGUGCAUACAUAUAGCAUUGAACGAUCUAGAUGCGAGUUCCAAUAUUGAUGUUUAUGACUUGAUGCAGGAUCACACGAUACAUCUACUCGAUAUACAACGGAUAGAAUAAAAGCUGGUCAAUCUUUAACUGUCAUGGCUGGUGCUGUUUACGCAAAA